GUAUGCGUUCAGCGCUCGAUCGAUGUGGAUGUGUCGCAUAAAAAAAUAUAUAAACAUUUCGCGCGCGUUCGACACUUUGAAGUUUGCAACUGUCAAAACUUGUGCCUUAAGAAAUUCCGAGUAUGACACAGUUUUUCUUGUUAUUUAUUAUAUAAAUCACGGAAGUCGGAUGUAUGAUUGUGUCUGAUCUAAGAGUUUCGACCGCGUCUAAUCAACCCCAUUGAUGGUUUUUUUUUAUUAAGAACUAAUAACAGUGUCAAUGACUCCGUCAGUGAUGUGUGUGUGUUGUGUCAAUAGGUGACAUUAGUGUGGGAAACAAAACGUACAACGAGCAAGUAUGGAGAGCCGCGUGGGUCUCGACUACAUCGUAGAGCAUGCGGAGUACGCCGGCAAACUCGCGGCGGCGCUCAUGACGCCAACAGCCGCUGUGAAAAAACAAGUCUUUGAACUUCUAUCAGCGCUCUGUGUGUACAACGCCGACGGAUACGCCAGGGCAGUCGACACGCUCGACAGAUACAAGACACUGAAGGGUGAUCGCUACCGUCUGUCCGUGGUGGUAGAGGAACUCAAACAAGCUACCACCAUCGACUACAAAACAGCGCUCGUGGCAUUCGUCAACUGUCUGAUAAUAUCCGCCCCCCGGCUGCCGGACAGGAUACGAGUGAGGAAUGAGUUUAUUGGACUCGGUUUACUCUCUACGCUUAGCAGUUUAAGACACGAAGCUGCUUCUCAUCCGAAUCUCGGCGUUCAGCUAGACGUCUUCGAGGAGCAGAGAGAGAGUGACGAGGCUCACGGACCUGGAGGAAUCAAUCUCAACUCACACCUCGACGUCUUCUACGCUAUACUCAAACAGGUAUCAGACACCCCCCAAGAGAUCCCGUUCCUCAGUAUAUUGCAACACUUACUCCGAAUAGACCCUAAGGAAGCUGUCAGUGAUAUAGUGUGGGAUACGGCUGAGACACUCGUACACCGGGCGACCCUGCUGGAGACGAGAGAAGAUGCCGCUAAACUACUACGAGCUCCGAGCGUUCAGACCAAAAUGGUGUGCGCGUGUCAACACCGUGAGGCCGGCUCCGCGAGGAAGCAGAGUCUCCAGCGAGCGCUGUCACCACCACCCGCACCACCAGCUCCGCCAGCUCCGCCCGCGCCACCUGGAUCUCACGCCCCCCUCCCUCCCUUACCGCCCGCUCCCCCAGCUCCCCCUGCCCCGCCGGGUCCUCCCCGCUCGGGUCCCCCUCCUCCUCUCCCGCGCCGUCCACCCCCACCCCCACCUCCGCCGCCAGUGGUGGACGUGAAGCUGCCGCAGCAGGAGACUCCUCUACCGAAAACGAAAAUGAAGACGAUCAACUGGAACAAGAUCCCCAACAGCAAAAUCGUGGGCCAGAACAACAUCUGGUCGCUGGUAGCGUCGAGUCACAAACACUCGCCUAAAGCAGAGCUGGACUGGACUGAGAUCGAGGGGCUGUUUUGUCAACAGCUCCAGCCGCCAGGGUCCGCAGGCUCGUCCCCCCGUCUCGGGCGCAGUCCCGUCUGCGACAGUUCAGGAGAACGAAAGCCCCGCAAGGAACCCUCGGAGAUCACACUCCUCGACGAGCGCAGCCUCAACGUUAACAUUUUCUUGAAGCAGUUCCGCAGUUCCAACGAGGAGAUCAUACAAAUGAUCCGUGAAGGAGCUCACGACGACAUCGGCGCAGAGAAACUCCGCGGACUCUUAAAGAUACUGCCCGAGAUCGACGAGUGCGAGAUGCUGAAAUCCUUCUCCGGUGACGUCACCAAGCUCGGGAACGCCGAGAAAUUCCUCCUGCAACUCAUCCAGCUGCCCAACUACCGUGUUCGCGUGGAGGCUCUCCUGCUGAAGGAGGAGUGGUCGUCCACCGCAGGCGCACUGGAGACAGCGGUCAACGCGCUCCUGGUGGCGGGAGAUGACCUCAUGUCCUCGAGAGCCAUACAGGAGGUGCUAUACAUCCUGCUGGUGGCGGGUAACUUCCUGAACGCUGGAGGGUACGCGGGCGGAGCAGCCGGGGUCAAGCUGUCCUCGCUACAGAAGCUCACCGACAUCCGCGCCAACAAACCGGGGAUGAAUCUGAUGCACUACGUUGCCAUGCAAGCUGAACGGAAGAACAAGGAGCUGGUGCACUUCGCGGAUGACAUACGAGUGCUGGAGGAGGCCUCGAAGGCCAGCGUGGAACAGCUGCACAACGAAAUACACACCCUCGCCAACAGGAUCCACACCUUGAAGAGAGAUCUGCAUCACACCAGCGAAGACAUCCGCCUCCAGUCGGGGGAUUUCCUCCAGGUAGCGGAACGCGAGGUGGCAGCCCUGAAAAAGGAUAUGGAGGAAGUGGAGGGGAUGAGGAAACAGCUCGCGGAGUUCUUCUGUGAGGAUCCGGUGUCCUUUAAACUGGAAGAGUGCUUCAAGACGUUCGUGUUAUUCUGCACCAAGUUCCGUUCGGCCGUCGCAGACAACGAGAGACGGCGAACGCUGGAACAACAAGCGGCGGCCAGGAACAGGAACAGGAACAAGAUGCAGAAGAAGACCGGGGACGUGCUGGGGAACAACGACUUAGGCGGCAGUGUGUGCAGUACUCCUGUGUCGGAGAGCGAGUCCCUGAUGGAUUCUCUGCUGCUGGACAUCAGGAACGGUCUCGGCAGACGGUCGCUAAGAAAACCCCACGAACCAUCCCCGUCCCCCGACGCGACUCCCCCCGGUAGUCUCCGCCGUCGUUCCCGCGCCUCCCCGGACGAGGACGGGCUGAUGGAGUUCCUCCGCCACGCCUCCCCCGCGGCCGACGACCACAGGGAAAGAAGCGCCUGGGGAAGCCUCGAUCGCUCCUGGUCUCGGCGGGCUCCGGUCCGCGCUCGUCUGGAGCUUCCGGACCGAGAGCGUGCGCCUCCCUCCACCCCGCAACCCUCCACCACCCCCGGGGACAACCCCAAACCCAAGGAGUGGCGUCAGAAGAUCGAGUCCUGGCUUCGCGCGAACAGCGAGGAGGAGCGCCGGGCGCCGUCCCCGAGCGCGGCUGCCCCGGCCUCGUCCUUGGCCCCGGCCCGGGCCCGCUCCCUCCGAGUGCUGCAUCGGCGCUCCUUGAAAACGACUCCGUGUUCUCUAGGGAAACAUUUUGAAGUGGGAGUAGGGAUGAAAAUACUGCUCGUCCCAAAGAAUGCACACGCUUGUCUCGGGGGCUCUCAUGCCCAGAGGUAUACUCGUUUGUUCGUCACUCAGGUUGAUGACUGUCAACAACUGAUCUAUCAUCUGAAGAGCGAGCGCAGUACACUGGACACGCUGACGGCGGAGGGCGGCGGCGCGGCGGCGGGAGAGAGGGGCUGGAGACCGGAAGUGCCCACAGACACGGACCUCGUGAAGGCCAUCGAGGUCGUCGAAGAUGUUCAGCCGAAAACAAUAGAGACAGGAUACCGUGGAGAGAGAACGGAGGAGAACGAGGAGAUACGGCGACUGAGGAGACAGAGGUCACGACCGCAGAUGGAGUCACAACCACUCGUGGCCAUCACGGAGGAGAGGAGGAGGCUGCCGGACAUCACCGUCACCAGGGAUACAGAGACCCCGCCCGUACAGAGGAAGAUGUUCAGUCCGCCGCCUGACAGAGAACCCUGCAGAAGAUUCCUACCGGCGAUAUCCAACACCAAUACCAACGAUAAGGCGUCCCCGGAGAUGAAGGACCUCUGUCAGGAGAUACUGGGCGAUGGACAGUUCGACAGAUUCUCAGCCGCGAGAAGAACGAGGCGGUACAAGAGAAGUACGGAGACCAGCUCCCCAGAAGACGAGAAGAAGAGCGCCUCGGAGCUAGUGACGGAAACACAAGUCACAAGACCUGCGACACUAGAAGUACAGGCCGCGUACCCGGCGGAAGAAACGAAGGAGGUCACGAGACCCUCGGAGACCAGAGACGACACAGAGAACAGGUUGAAGCGGUGGCAGGAACGAUUGAAAAACCAAAGCAAAGACAAAACGCCAGCCAAAGACAAGGUGCCGUACUCGAGAAUGAGGCGGCAGACCUCCAUCAACCAAGAAGACGUCCAGAAAGCUAUCAGGGAGCUGAAGUCUCCGACGCAGUCUCCCGCGGGCGUGUGGUCCAGGAACGCUUACAGGAGGUCUUUCAACGCUAAAACGGACAAGGUAACGCCCUCAGCCCCCGCUCCCGCCCCCGCCGCCGCCACCGGCAGCGGCACUCACGACAGAACAACGUCCCCGAGGAUCUUGAAAGUGAAAAGCGAACACGAACUCAACGACGAGGGCUUCGAGGAGACGCAGAGUCUGAACUCGGAGAGCGCCUCGCAGGGAGCGUCCUCGGGCUGCGGCGUCGACUGCGAGUCACCCGUUCCCAAGAAAAACACAGAAAUCCCAAAGAAAAUAGCUACCAAAGACACGAGGCCGCCUCCGCGGAUGCCGCUCGACCCCAGGCGAAGUCUCCCGCGGAGGCCGACCUCUCUGCGGGUGGAGCGCUCCGCGUCCAGGGCGUCUCUGAGGAGCUCCCGGAGUUCCUUGAACAGCUCGGCGUCCGUGGCGACCGUCAAGCGAGCGCCCACCAUCAAACCCGUCCCCAAGCCGAUCCCCAAACCGGCGCCCAGGGUACCGGCCUCCCGGUCCUCGUCCAGCGGCAGCUCCAUCGGCACCUCCAGGCCCAAGGCCGACAAGACGUCCGGCUUCAUGAGGCCCACGCAGGCCUCCAAGGUCCGAGGGUCCGCGGCGAAGACGAGCGCCAAGUGAACUGGUGGUUUUCGAUCUGUUGGAACCUUCAGGCGCCGCGCGGACCGAGGCCGAAGCUUUCGAUGACUGAGCUUUAUGAUAAGUCUUACCGUAGAUCUGUCGGCAUUAACGUAAAGUGAAUAUAUAUAUCGCGCGCCGCCCGCCCGCCCUACGGACGGCGCGCUUUUAUUUGUAAAGAGGAUUCCGGUAUCUCACACACGCAUGUUACGGGUACGGGGCGGCGUGCGCUGUGAUCGGUGAUUUUUCAUAUUUUUUUAUUAAAAAAAUCUCAUUAAUCCCGGUCCGCCGCUCCCUCACGAGUCAACGCGAACCUUUCCGUCCUGUUCUCUCCGCGUCUCCUGUAACCUCACUCUGAACAGUAUUUCUGGAAGCCCUCCAUCAUCAGUAACACGAGAUCUGAUUUUUAUAUAGCGUUAUCGUAGCUGCAGCGUCCUGUGACGUCACAGCCCCGGCUCCCUAGAUAUAAUUCUUAACCGAUAUUAUUAUAAAUGUUUAUUUUUACUAAAAUAUACAUUAAAUUUAUAUUCGA